AUGCCGCCCUUCUGUAGGAAUGCAAAGUUGGGCUUCCUUUCUUUCCUGAUUUGUGCAGGAAGGAGCUUCUUACCUUUGGGAACAGAUGCCUUUUGGUUAGAAAGAACUGAAAAUAAUAAAACCCUCUGGGAAAAGACUCAAAGUCAGAAAAUGAGAUACAAGACUUCUUUGGUGAUGAGGAAACGAAUACGCCUUUACCGAAACGCCCUGAAAGAGUCAAGUAGCAGCUCUGGACACCAUGGCCCCCAGCUCGCUGCCUCCUCCAGCCCCUCGGUGUUCCCGGGCCUUCACGAGCAGCCUCCCCAGGCCUCCCCCGGCGGCACUUUGAAUGGACUCCUGCGUCUGGGUCUCCCCGGAGACAUGUACGCGCGGCCGGAACCUUUCGCGCCGGGACCUGUGGCCCGCAGCGACGCCCUAGCAGCUGCCGCAGCCCUGCACGGCUACGGGGGCAUGAACCUGACCAUGAACCUCGCAGCGCCCCACGGUCCCGGCGCCUUCUUCCGCUAUAUGCGUCAACCCAUCAAACAGGAGCUCAUCUGCAAGUGGCUGGCGGCCGACGGCCCCGCGCCCCCGCGCCUCUGCUCCAAAACUUUCAGCACCAUGCACGAGUUGGUCACGCACGUCACCGUGGAGCACGUCGGCGGCCCUGAGCAGGCCAACCACAUCUGCUUCUGGGAGGAGUGUCCGCGCCAGGGCAAGCCCUUUAAAGCCAAAUACAAACUUGUAAAUCACAUCCGCGUGCACACGGGCGAGAAGCCCUUCCCUUGUCCUUUCCCGGGGUGUGGGAAGGUCUUUGCUAGAUCAGAAAAUCUCAAAAUACACAAAAGAACUCACACAGGGGAGAAGCCCUUCAGGUGCGAGUUCGAGGGCUGCGAGCGGCGCUUCGCCAACAGCAGCGACCGUAAGAAGCACUCGCACGUGCACACGAGCGACAAGCCCUACACGUGCAAAGUGCGCGGCUGCGACAAGUGCUACACGCACCCCAGCUCCCUGCGUAAGCACAUGAAGGUGCACGGGCGCUCGCCGCCGCCGCCGCCCAGCUCUGGCUACGACUCUGCCGCUCCGUCUGCCCUGGUGUCGCCCUCGUCGGACUUCGGCCGCGAGCCCCCGGUGGCCUCCUCGGCGGCGGUGGCGGCUCGUGGUGCCGACCUGAGCGAAUGAUGUCCACCGCGUUGCUCGCAAGGUAAUCUCGCCCGGCGCAGCUGAGCGCCCGCAUCUCGCGCCUGCGACAUCAAAGGGCCCGCGCACAAAGCAAUGUUUCUUCGCCACGGUGCAUCUUCAUGGUAAGUUAGGAUUUCUAUGGCAAUGGGCAAGUCUCACUGAAAUCCUGAAAGGCCGAGCCUGGAGCCCGUCCAGGCUUUUCAUUAAGGACAUAAUAUUUACGUCUAACAGGCCUUUUUUCUUGUGUAUACAAGUAUAUAUUUUUGUUUGACGCGGACUAAAUCAUUUUCAUUUAAUUUCCGGUAAACAAAACCCACGCGAAUGGGCACUUGUUCCCGAUCAUAAUAAAAAUGGAUAAUAAUGUGAGGGAAGAAAAGGGCCGCUUGAAUCGCCGCUCAGCCCCUUUUGUUUCUGCUUUCUGCGGUGAUCAGAGGGCGCAUUUGGGUUUGAUGGCGAGUUUCUAAAGCCGAGGAAAUGGUUUGUAAGAGGGGAAAGAAAAGGAGAAAGGUCUAAUCAAGCUCGGGUUGUUCAAAGAGUCGGGUUUUGGGGUUGAAAGUGUGAGUUUGACGGUGCAUCAGCAUGCCGCGUUAGGCUCGCCAUGGAAAUGCGCGCAGGGAGCGGCCGCUUCAAAGGCGGCACACUUCACUGCAGACACUCUAUUAAGAUACAUUUGCGUUGACCUUUGCUUUCACGCCAUUUAAUACUGUCACUGCGCU